GACCGGAUUCCUUUGACAUACAGUGGCCGAUUGUUGACUAUCAUUUGGAUGUUAUCAGGAACAGUUUUGUUUACGUUGCUGGUCAGUUAUAUCAGCAGUGGACUGACUAUAGCCUCGUUAGACAGCAACAUCAAACUUUAUGGAUGUAAGGUCGCUGCCCUACAGAACACCCCAGAAUCUCGUUUGGGAAUUAGACGAAAUGCCCAAAUCAACCAAGGACGUAAUUACACUCGCCUUGAGGACAUCAGGGAUGAUCUACUGACUGGGGAAGUGAAAGGUGCUUUAAUUGACGCUUAUGUUGCAGCAGAAAGAAGAGACUUGUUUGACGACCCCGCUUUGCACAUUGACCAGUUAAUUUACUACCGUUCGUCGUUUGGUAUAGUAGUGGCUGGAAACUCCACAAGACUACAGCAUUGUUUUUUGAACUACCUCGUUCAGAAGCGAUCUUUGAUGACACGCCUUGUCAAGAACUAUACUAAAAUACUACCGAGUACUACGUCCUCCAUGGCUGAAGAGAAAAGCUCAGAUCUUCUGAAUACCUCGGAAGGAAAAUUUAAAAUAGCUUUGUUAGCCCUGGCACCUAUCACAGCGGCCGCUAUGUUUUUUGGGAUGGCAUAUGAUUGUGUCAUGCGCAGAAGGACCAGGAAGGUGCAUCCUAGCGAGGGAAGCACAAAGAAACUCUUGUAUAGAAACGAGCUCCGUAAAGAAAUGAGCCUACUUGUCGAGGAAUUUCGCGAGGCAAUAGGUCAGCGGUGCACUGUUUUGGCACAGAAACAUCGUGAAGAGAAAAGGCUGAUGAGGGGACUGCUGAUAAGAAGGAGGACCGGGAGGCCUGGGGCUAGAGACGGUUGUGAUUAAAGAAUAGAAGAGUUAGAUGGAAGCAUCUACAACAGGUGAUUAUCCAGUGAGUACCUGAACAACUUGAAAUUAAACAUUUAAUGGAUCAGGAGAUAUUUCCACAAUAAAUUAGUAACGUUUGUCUCACGCAUCGUUUCCUUCAAACGUUGAGGAACUGGUUAAACGUCGUCUCAUAAAGCAUUCUACUCCGUUGCGAUUGGUUGGUCUUCAACAGCUGUGAUUGGUGCAUUUUCGAUGACGUACUCUCUUAUGUCUAAUCGCAGCUAUUGAAAAUAAACCAAUCACAGCGGGGUACAGUGCUCCAUGUGGUAAAUGAUAACCAGUCCACCUCAACGCUUGAGGAAGACAAGCAGAAUCGAAAAACAUUGCGAUCGAUGUAAGUGACUACAUCUUGAAAAAAACUAAUAUACUAUUACAUUUUCGGUUUUUUUUAACAUAACGAGUAACCACAGCCUUUUUUAGGAAAUAUUUUUCCCUUUUAUCUGUGAAAUCCAUUUAUGAAUGAGAAGCAAAUAAAUGAAACAUGAGGUUAUUUUUGCCGUUCGCGUCUGGGCUAAACGUCAAACUAAAUCUCACUAACAUUAUUAAGUGUCUAUUGGAUUUAACUUUACAAUAUCUUCACAAUUAACUCUAAAACCACACGAGACUAUCACAGUGUAUUUCAUUGUGAAUAAAUCAACCACUAAAUUUAAAAGACGACUACAAAUUUUGUAGCCACAAUAUAUUAAUUUCGCUCAUUUUUUUCUAUGUGGUUUAACCGUUUCAUUUGUUUGUUUGUGUUUUGGAUGGUGGAAUAUACGUAAGAUCAGUGUUGUCACAUAAAUAAAAAUACGUACAAUACGUCGUUACAACCAUUAA